AUGCCUCGUCGAUCAACUUCCCGUGGCCGAUCUCGAUCAAAAUCACCAUCUCGUGAUUCUCGACGACGUCAUCAUCGUCGUCCAUCACCGGUUGUCUCAUCUCGCCGUCGUCGAAGUCGUAGUAAUGCACAAGAGUCUAAAGAUGAUAUUGAACGACUUAAUCCAACACCAAGCAAAGUCUUAGGUGUUUUUGGAUUAUCAUCACGUACUGAAGAACGAGCUAUUCGUCGUAUCUUUUCCAAAUUUGGACGAAUCAAUAAUAUUCAUGUUGUUUAUGAUCGUGGAACAGGUCGAUCUCGUGGUUUUGGCUUUAUCUAUUUUGAUCGAAUAGAAGAUGCUAAGGAUGCUAAAGCAGAGACACAUGGAAUGGAUAUUGAUGGACAAAAAGUUCGUGUUGAUUUCUCACUUACUGAAAAACCUCAUGAUCGUACACCAGGCAUUUAUAUGGGCGCACCUGAACAACAAAGUUCACGAGGUCCUCCUCGUCGAUAUCGUACUAAAUCACGAUCACGAUCACCACGUCGUCGAACUCGAUCACGUUCUCGUACAUAA